CCCGCUCCCCGAUCCCGGUGACGCCAGGGGCGGACCGGAAGCGCUCCCGGUGCCUCGCGCGUGUUUCCGUGUCCGGCCCCGCCCGUCCCUUUCCGCCCCUGCCGCGCGCGAGGUAUUGCUGCUUAGUGCCUCAGCGGGGAUCCCGACGAGAUGCAGAACGACGCCGGGGAGUUCGUGGACCUUUAUGUUCCUCGGAAAUGCUCUGCUAGCAACCGAAUCAUUGGUGCCAAGGAUCAUGCUUCCAUUCAGAUAAAUAUUUCUGAGGUUGACAAGGUGACAGGCAGAGUGAACGGCCAGUUCAAGACUUACGCCAUUUGCGGCCCAAUCCGGAGGAUGGGUGAAUCAGACGACUCCAUUCUGCGCCUGGCAAAAAAUGAUGGAAUUGUUUCCAAGAACUUCUAACUGAAGAAACUUCGGUAUGGGACAUGUGAUGUGAAAUAAACAGUUCAAACCUA